AUGAAGCUUCAACUCCCCAACCCCGGCCUGGAGGACAGGAUAUUGUCCCAUCAGCAGCUGGAGAAGCUGGAGAAGGAGGAGGCCAGAGACAGACCCAGGUGGGACAACAAAGCCCAGUACAUGCUGACCUGUGUGGGGUUCUGUGUGGGACUAGGAAACGUCUGGCGGUUCCCCUAUUUGUGUCAGAGUCAUGGAGGAGGUGCGUUUAUGAUCCCCUUUCUAAUCCUGCUGGUCCAUGAAGGUAUCCCUCUCCUGCAGCUGGAGUUCGCCAUCGGGCAGCGUCUACGCCGGGGCAGUUUGAGGGUGUGGGCUGCAGUUCACCCGUGUCUGACUGGGAUCGGUGAGACAAACUCGAAGCCGAUGAUCAGUCUCUACUACAACACCAUCAUCGCCUGGAUCCUCUGGUACUUCUUUAAUUCAUUUCAACAGCCUCUGCUGUGGAGCCAGUGUCCCAACAAUGCAAAUCGCACAGAACUUAUUGUAGAGUGCGAGGAAAGCUCCCCGGUGGAUUAUUUCUGGUACAGAGGAACCCUGAACAUAAGUCCAACAAUAGAAGAGGAUGGAGGGCUGCAGUGGUGGAUCCUCCUGUGUCACCUCUGUGCGUGGUCUGUGCUCUACGUCUGCAUCAUUCGCGGGAUUGAGACGGCCGGGAAGGUACUGUACAACACAGCGCGUCACUUACAACCGGAGCGGUCUACGUGGAUGCAGCUGAAGCCCAGUGUGUUGUGUUGUUUUCUUAAGGCUGUGUACCGAAAUGUCUCCUCCAGUAACAACUGCGAACAGGAUGCAGUGAUCAUCUCCAUCGUCAACGGCAUCACCUCAGUCUAUGUUGCAACUGUCAUUUACACCAUCAUCGGCUUCAGAGCAACAAAAAGAUUCGACAACUGUCUUUCUAGAAACAUCUUAGGAUUAAUCAAUGCUUUUGAUCUUGCUGAGGGAAGCAUCACUGAAAGCAACUACAGUCAGGCUGUAAAACACCUGAAUGAGACAAAGCCUGCAGUGAUUGAACAGCUGAAUCUGACAACCUGUGAUUUAAAUACGUUCCUCAGUGAGGGAGUUGAAGGCACCGGCUUAGCCUUCAUCGUGUUCACUGAGGCCAUCACCAAGAUGCCCUUCUCGCCUCUGUGGGCCGUCCUCUUCUUCAUUAUGCUCUUCUGUCUGGGCCUCUCUUCAAUGUUUGGUAAUAUUGAAGGAGUUCUGGUACCACUGCAGGACCUCAACGUUUUCCCCAGGACGUGUCCUAAAGAGGCCGUCACUGGUGUAACGUGCAUCAUGUGCUGCCUGGUGGGUCUGAUAUUCAUCCAAGGCUCAGGAAACUACUGGCUCUCACUCUUUGACACGUAUGGAGGAUCCAUUCCUCUGCUAAUAGUCGCCUUCUGUGAGACAGUGUCUGUCGUCUACAUAUACGGCAUAGACAGGUUCAAUGGUGAUAUUCAGUUCAUGAUUGGACACAAACCCAACCUCUUCUGGCAGGUGACCUGGAGAGUCAUCAGCCCACUCAUUACUACUAAAGUAUCAGAAAAGCUUCUCUAUAAAACCUGGGAUCCAACAUCGGAAAAGGAAUAUCCAUGGUGGAUUUAUGUGAUCAUCUUUAUACUGGCAGGAAUACCCAGCAUUGGGAUUCCUUUCAUUGCACUCUGGAAGUUCAUGAAAUCAAAGAAGAGCUCAAAGUCAUUGAGUUAAAUCCCCUCAGCCUAGUAUUCAUUGCUAAAUAC